AACGGAUUGAUCCACUUUAGCUUUGUAAAACGGUUACGCUUGGGUGCCAGCAUUGGUUUUGGAAUCCUAAAUUAGGGCUAAGGUUUUAUUACCUUGACAGCAAAGACCAUCAACACAGCGACAAUGGGACUAUCACGCCAAAUUUUGGUGCCCAGCAGCGUGUCAGGUUGAUCAGCUAUCUAUCAAAUCGAAGGAAGUGAAGUGAAGUGAAAGCAUUGGAGGCUUUGGACGGCUUACCAGUGUGUAGUAGUGCUUGUAUGUGUAUAGGUACUAGCAGGUAGUAGUAAGCGAACAAUGGCCCAAUCGAAUGUGACGAAUGGCACCGCCGAGGUCAAGGGACCACAUGGCGUAGUGGACCCCAUGGCGGUGGAUUUACACGAGAGUGCGGGUGAUCCAUCCCAGGUUCCAUCCAUGUCUCUAUCAGGUAGUGCUGCAGCCGAUCCAACAGCUCCGACUAUGAUAGAUCCGGCGGCGACCACAGCGACGGACGAUGCGAUGGACUUGACGGCACUCAAAGACUCGAUGGACGCGGCACUCGCCAGCAUUGAACCGACAACCACUACUACUACCACUGCUGCAGCAGCAGUACCACCCGCCGCCGCCGCCGUGGACGACAAACAAGCACAACUACGAGCCAUGUACUUGGCAGGGUUUCGAGCAGCGGCCAAUGCGCGCAGCACGCAACAACAAUCGCUACGAGAGAAUUUUGAAAUUGCCAAACAUCACGGAACUCCACCCGAAACGGGGAGUAGUGGUACUCCCAAUACAAAUGGACAAGGAGGCGUCGUAUUGGUGCCAGUCGACAGUUCCAUUGCGGCGGGCGUCUUAAAAAUGCAACCUACUAUUUCACCCGCCAUGAGUGUCGCCAGUGCGUCUUCGCCCGCCAUUUCCACAAUCAAGCUAUCCGAGUCACCCGAUGGGAGUACUGGCAAUAGUAGUAGUAGUAUCAUCAGUCGACAACUCCGACGAAAUUCAUCUCCCAGCGCCGGAUCUCCCGCUCUCUCGGCCACGUCGUCACCCGGAGGAGGAACCGCCACGGGCCACUCCAAUCCAUUUCCUCGAAAACUCAUGGAAAUGCUGCGCAAAGAAGAUCCAUCCGUCGUAUCAUGGCUUCCCAAAGGAGAUGCCUUUUCCGUACGAGAUCCCGACAAAUUCAUUGCCGAUGUACUGCCUCGCUAUUUUAGACAUACCAAGCUCACAUCCUUUCAACGACAAUUGAAUUUGUACGGAUUUCGAAGAAUCACCAAAGGACCGGAUGCCGGUGCCUAUCGACACGAAAUGUUUCACAGAGAUCAACCCGAUCGAUGUCUACAAAUGAAACGAUCCAAACAAAAGGGUAGUGGAGGAACUGGAUCUCCCCAAUUACGACCCAGUCCACGAUCCGCGGGGAGAUCCGGGGGUUCUGUACCAUCGUCUCCGUUGCUCACGCCAGAGUCGAGUCCGGGGGUGUAUGCGUUGGAACCAGCCACGUUGAGUCAGAGUGCCCCCGCAACACUCACGGCACCCAUUAUGGGAAGACACCUUCAUCCCCCCGAACAACGACAGGCUCAUUUUCGUACCAUGUCACCACCAUCACUGCCACCACCAAGUGUCGCCUUGGGAGCUGCUCCACAGACGGGUCUAGGGAUUCUCAUGACCAACAAUAAACUCAGUGCCCAUAACAACGGUACUACUACCACCAGCAACAACAACAACCCUCCUCGUACCUUUAUGGCAGGAAUGACACCGGCACAACAGAUUCGAGUACAGGAAGAUUUAGCCGAUCGAGAACGACAAGCAUCCGCCCUGGCGGCAGCGGGAAUGGUGGCCGAAAGUGUCAGUCUCACGCGUCCUCCAAUUGCCAACAACAAGAGACCGCCACAACAGGGUCUGCAGGCGCCGCCCGCUCUGGGAAUGGUACCUCCUCCCAAUACAGCUGCCACUACUGAAAUGGAAAGCAUCAAUUGGAAUUUACUGGAAUUGGGGAAUACCAAUUUGGAUGAUCUCGAUAUGGAUUUUGCGACACUCUUUGAUCCUGCCAAUGAAGCAGUCAAUAUCAAUAUGCAAAUCCAUGGAACAACGACAGAGAGUGCGACACCACUCGCAGCGCCGCCGCCACCACCAGCGAGUAUGGCAACCAGUGCUCCACAACAACCUGCACCGAACCCCCCUCGUUAGAAAAUGAAUGAUGUACCGUCCUUGUUCAAAAUUGUUACGUACGUAGUGAGUGUCU